AUGAGGAUAUUUGGUUCUAGGGUUUUAAGAUCCGGAAGAACUUUUUUCCCCACCCAUUCUCAACAGAAUAAUAAUCUUAAGAUAUCAGCCGCCACUGAACCUCAAAGUUGGAUCUAUCUUCAACAACAACAGAAUUCUGGCGGCUGCCCUGGUCCUGAUCUUGUCACUCCAAUGGAUAUAGAGAACAGAAUUGUUCCAAGCCGAUCUGAUCAAGAGAUGUCAAUUCGAGGUGGUGGAGAUAGAUUUGUUCUUAUUUAUCACAGGAAAAGGAAAAGAUCGGAUGUGAAUGAUGUAAUGUUUGGAAAGAAGUACUUUCGAAAGAGAUGUAGAAAUCAUAGGAGAAACACAAAGGGUUCUUCAUUCUGUUUGAUUGCUGAGACAGAGGAUGGAGACAGACAUGGCUGGCUUUCUUCAUUCAUGUUGUUUGUUUUCAGAUACAUUUGUAGGAAUGGUGAUAUGAAAGUUUCGAGGCUUUCUUCCUUGAUGAUAUUGAGUCCAUUUUCGAUUGUUUUCUCAUCCCAUGGCAUUGAUUUCUCAUGGGUACCAUCAUGGGUUAGAAGGAAAGGUGCAUGUAAGAUUCAUGGAUCCAAAGGCUUUACGCCGUUAUUUACUCUUGAAUUCUCUGCACUCCCAUCCUGCUUCAUGUAUUUGCACUCGGGUUUACUUCUUAACCGGAGUUUAACCAUCAAUGAUUCACCUAAUCUGACUUUGGUAGAUGUUGAUUCGUCUUCGAAUACAGUCCUUCCUGAGUUAAAUGUGGAGUUACCUGUGAAUGUGGAAUUACCUGUUGUAUCCGUAAAGAAGUACAAUCGGAAUAACACAAGGAAAAAGAGGGAAUAUGUGAAACCCGUGAUAGUCGUUGACAAUCGAUUGAGGAGAUCUAUCCCGAAACCGAAGGAUAUGACAUUGUCCUGGGGGGAAGAUAAUGAUCCAAACAGGUGUAGAGCAAACAUAAUAUUUGUUCAACCUGAUGAUUAUUUAAAUGUGGAUGAUGUAGUCAUAAUGUUAGAGAUGUCUACUUUAAGGAAGUGGUCAUUAACUGUUUCUAAAAAUAGGUUGCUACGCUUCAAUUUUCAUCCUCUUAAAAAGAUAAAUUCUUGCUGCACUAAACGGGAUGCAAAUAUAGUAACGUGGAGAGAUAAUCGAUAUGGGUGGAAGCUCGAGUUUGUGAAUAGGCAACAUUGGUUUAAGUUUAAAGAACUUUAUAGAGUUUGCUCCGAUCGCAAUUUGCUAUCUUCUACCGAUGGUCCUGUCAAUGUUCCGAUUUUUCGAGAAAUAGAUAAUUACGACGACGAUUACGAGAAGAACGUUGGUGUUGUUGUUCCGUUUACGAGGUCGGAGUCGUAUAUUAGAGAUAGAGAUGAUGAACUGACAAGGCUGUUGAAGAAAAACACUGCGAUUUAUGAGAUGGAUUCUGAUGAUGAGAAAUGGCUGGGGGAGUACAAUGGGGAGGUUUCGAUGGAGGAUUUUGAGUUGAUAAUUGAUGCUUCCGAGGAUAAUAUUGUUAACUAUCCUGGUGAUCAAGAUGCGUCGAACCUGUAUGUGGAACUGGAAAACAAGGAUUUUGUGGAAGCUGUUUUUAGUUAUUGGAACAAGAAGAGGGAGAGAAGAGGUUCUUCACUUUGUAAGAUUUAUAAGAAUCAACGGCAACGAAGAGACAGACUGCGCAUAAAGAGAGUUGUACGCAAGAAAAGAACAUCGAUGUUAAGAAAAAGAAGGCAGCCUGAGACAGGUAUUGGAAAGGAUCGAAUGGUACUAGAAGAGGAGAAGAAAGUGUUGCAAAAGUAUGAAGCAGAUAAAGCUAGAGCAAGUAUAUUGGUGGAAUUGGCUAUUGAGAAGCGCAAAUUGGCUCAAAUGCUCAUGGUGAAUGCAGACUUGGCAACCUUAAAAGCACUGGAGGCAACUAGGAUAGCAGAAGCAGCCAAGUUUUCUGAAUUGGUUGCUCGUCCCUCAACUGACUAACUAACAAACUUAAUUAAAGCUGAU